AUGUCGUGGAGAAACCAGGGCAUCACCGGCUCCAACAACAUCCCGUUGGGCAAGACGCGCCGCUUCGGCGGAGAGCCCGAGCUGGAUGGCCCUGACCGCGACCUGAAGCGCGGCCGCGAUCCUGAGCCUCGCCUCGAUGAUGGACCGCGCCGUCGCAAGAAGCGUAAUCGUUGGGGCGAUGCUUCCGAGAACAAGGCUGCUGGUCUCAUGGGGCUGCCUACAGCCAUCAAGGCGAACAUGACGAGCGAGCAGCUGGAGGCGUACACGCUCCACUUGCGUAUCGAAGAGAUCAGCCAGAAGCUUCGCAUCGACGACGUCGUCCCGGCAGACGGUGAUCGGUAUAGUUCCAUCCCCCGUCGCCUCCUCUGCUACUCGUCCCCUGACAAGUUCUCCAGAUCGCCGUCUCCUCCUCCGCAGUACGAUAACCACGGCCGCCGAGUUAACACCCGCGAAUACCGAUACCGCAAGAGACUCGAGGACGAACGCCACAAACUUGUCGAGCGCGCCAUGAAGACCAUUCCCAACUACCACCCGCCUCAGGAUUAUCGCCGACCGACCAAGACGCAGGAGAAGGUCUACGUGCCAGUUAAUGACUACCCGGAGAUUAACUUCAUCGGCUUACUCAUCGGUCCGCGCGGCAACACCCUGAAGAAGAUGGAGGCAGAAUCCGGCGCCAAGAUCGCCAUCCGCGGCAAGGGCUCGGUCAAAGAAGGCAAGGGACGAUCCGAUGCCGCCCACUCCAGCAACCAGGAGGAAGACCUCCACUGCCUCAUCAUGGCGGAUACUGAGGACAAGAUCAACAAGGCCAAGCAGCUGAUUCACAACGUUAUCGAAACGGCCGCGUCAGUUCCAGAGGGUCAGAACGACCUCAAGCGAAACCAGCUCCGUGAACUUGCUGCGCUCAACGGCACCCUUCGAGACGACGAAAACCAGGCCUGCCAGAACUGCGGUAAGAUUGGUCAUAGGAAGUAUGACUGCCCCGAGAGGCAGAACUUCACUGCUAGCGUCAUCUGCCGAGUGUGCGGCAACGCGGGGCAUUUUGCUAGGGACUGUCCCGAUCGUCAGCGCGGCAGCGGUUGGCGCAACGAUGUGGGCAAUGGCCGUCCCGCUGGAAGGAUUGGUGGCGGCGACGCUGUCGACCGGGAGAUGGAGCAACUUAUGCAAGAGCUCGGUGGCGGCCCCAGCGCCGCUCCAGCCCAGAUCGAGGCUGGACCCGGUGGUGGCCACGAGAACGGAGAUGUCAAACCUUGGCAGCGCUCGCAGGGCGGUGGCGGUGCUGCCCCUUGGCGUCCCCGCAACCAAGAUUCGCGCGACGGUCCUUCGAGUGGUUCUGGCGGCGGCGGUGCCGCACCUUGGGCCCGGGACAGAAACCGCGGUCACGAGGCUCAGUCGGACAGCUACUAUGGCCAGGGCUACGGCUCUGCUCCAGGAGCAAGUGCACCAGGAGGCGCUGCGCCUUGGCACCAGCCUCCUCCCCCGCCCCCAGGCGCGCCUGGCGGCUACUCGGGCUAUGGCGGAUAUGGUGGUGCCUAUGGUAGCGCCCCUGGUAUGAACGGUGCAGGACCUGGUGCUCCUGGCAUGGGCGCUCCCCCAGGCCCGCCUCCCGGCCUCCCAGCAGCACCCCCCAGCCUCGGAAGUGUCAACAACCUCAUCAACCAGUAUUCGAACGCACCGCCUCCUCCCCCAGGCGGCGUGCCCCCGCCUCCACCUCCAUCUGGCGAGGCGCCUCCUCCGCCUCCACCCAGCAACCAGCCGCCCCCUCCUCCCCCUGGCGCUUAUGGUUGUGGCAUUUUACUCACCGUAAAUGUGCAGGGCAGUUUGGAUCUCGGCCGCUCAUAUGGUCUGUCUGCGGGACAGAAGGAGAGAGAGGGCGGUGGCGUCUUUCUCGAUUAUCUUGAGACCACGACCGAUGGGCGAACGUACACGGCUCGUUUCUCGGUCUGGCCGACGGAGGACGUUCAGCCCAUCUACGUAUUGCGACCCCGGAUGCGGAGCAUGGACUAA